AUGAGCAAGAGGAAGCAGGAGACCGGCGAAGAUGUCGUCAAGGACGACGUGGACAUGGACAACGAUAGCGGAGACGACGAGGAUUUCGAUGUUCUCGAUGUCGACUUCGAGUGGUUCGACCCUCAGCCUGAAUAUGAUUUCCACGGUAUCAAGACCUUACUCCAGCAGCUGUUCGACGUGGAUGCUCAGCUGUUCGAUUUGUCUGCAUUGACCGACCUGAUAUUGUCACAACCCACCCUGGGUUCAACAGUCAAAGUAGAUGGUAACGAGACGGACGCAUACGCCUUUCUAUCCGUUUUGAACCUCCAAGAACAUAGGGAUAAGCCGUUCAUGAGCAAGAUCGUGCAAUAUCUACUCUCUAAAGCAAAGUCGAGACCCACGCUCGCUCCCCUAGCUGAGCUCCUUUCCCAGCCCACGAUUCCACAGAUAGGCCUGAUCCUGACUGAGCGUCUGAUCAAUGUUCCGGCCGAAGUUGUCCCUCCAAUGUACACAAUGCUGAUAGAAGAGAUGGAAUGGGCGAUCCAAGACGGCGAACCCUACAACUUCACCCACUAUCUCAUCCUCUCCAAGACAUACACCGAAGUCGCUUCGAAACUUGACGCCGAGAACGAUCCUCCGAAAAAGAAAAAGAAAGCAACAUCCGGCUCAUUCGAGACAAUGUACUUCCAUCCAGAGGACGAGAUCCUGCACAGACAUGCCAUCUGCCAUAGCGGCUUUGAUUACACGACCAAACAGGACGAGGGGCACUCGGACUCGAAACGAGCAUUUCAAGAGCUGGGGAUUAAACCGCAGGGCCAUGCCAUACUCAUUGCUGGGGACAAGUUUAAAGAUGCCGUCCAGAAUGUGGCCGAAUAUCUAAAACCCCAGCCUCAAACUUGA